UAGAUCUACAGAGCAACAAUUCAUGUUUUUUUUUAAAUCUUGUUAAUUUUCACCAGAGCUAUCUUUAAAAAGUCCAGAGUAUUUAAUUAAGCUUUCGCCAGGCAUAAUCACUCACCCUUCCCAUAUACCAUUUUCAUUGCUCCGAUUUUCAUAGAAUUCAGACAAAGUACGAGGAAUCGGCUGAGAAUGGAGCAGGCGGACAGAAAAACCAUAAAGAGGAACAUGGUAAUCCUCUCAAAGGACAUGGACUUUGUAAGCGUGACCCCGGCCCUUCUUGCCCGAGGCAUCUUUGAAAAUCAUCACAUAGAUAAGUUUGACUCAAAGCCCAGCAAGAAAGAGAAGAAUAUGGCGCUCUUAAUGGACAUAGAGACGAGGGGUCCCAGGGCCUUCACUAGCCUAAUAGAGUCCCUGAUCGAGGCCAACCAAAAACAUUUAGCAAAGUUGCUAGGAUACUCAGCGUCUGGACCUUCACAGGGCCAGAUGGGCCAGGCACAGGCUAAGACAGCUCAUGUGAACAGACCGGCUCCAUUUGGUCAACCAACCCAGCAAGUGCCCGAGGUUUGGCCUGCCAGAGGUAGCAGUGGUGACUACAGCUCAACUCAAAUGGAUGCCUCAGGCUCGUAUCCGCAAACUAUGGUGGAUAGUGAUCUUGUCUACAAAAUGAAAUCUAGACCUAGAGGUAUAGCACUCAUUAUCAACAACAAAAACUUCAACACCAUGAAGGAGAGGACAGGAACGGACGUAGACUGUCGCAACUUAGAGAAUGUCUUCAAACAGCUUGGCUUCGAUGUGAGAGUCGAACUCUCGCGUACAAUGAGUUAUGAAUCUUACACCAACGCCUUACACCACUCGGCCAUCGCGUAUAUAAUACACAAUGAUCUCACAGGAAGGGAUAUCAAGCAGAAGAUUGACCAAGUAAGAAGACACAACCACUCCCAGUUCGACUGCUUCAUUUUCGCCAUACUCACCCAUGGGAAAGAGGGCUCCAUUUAUGGCACGGACGAGCGUCUGGUGAAGAUAGAGGACAUAGUUGGUCCCUUUGGUUCUGAUCGAUGCCCGACUUUGAAUGGAAAGCCCAAGCUCUUCUUCUUACAAGCAUGUCGAGGGGAGAGAUUCGACGGUGGAGUAGAAGCAACAGACGGUACCGCUGUACCCCCAACUGAUAAAGCCGCAGGUGACGAUCGGGCCAAGGAUCAGGAAAAGCCUCAGGUCGAUGAACAGGAUGACGAUCAGCUGGUCAACAAGAUGCUUAAAAUGGCUUUAGAUUCCACCGAUAGCUUUGCAUCCAGUCGUAGUAAGGUGCCCAGUCAAAGCGACAUGCUCCUUGCAUAUGCAACUGUGCCAGGAUUCGUGUCGUGGAGGAACUCAGAGAGAGGGAGCUGGUUUAUCCAAGCUUUGACAGAAACUAUCAUACAGCAUGCGAGAGAUGAAGAUCUUCUUUCGAUGAUCACCAUGGUCAAUGGCAAAGUAGCACGAGCUUUCGAGUCUUCCUCGGCCGGCAGGCAUAAGCAGAUGCCAGCCCCCGUCACCAUGCUUACAAAGAAGCUCUACUUCUUCCCAGGACAUUAUGAGUAAAGCCCUUUUCAAACGAGGCACGAUAGGCCGCCUCAAAAAAUGUCGUGGCGAAACAUACUGUUUAUCAAAUGAAUGACAAUUAAAGGGAUAGUUGAGUUCUGUUUUCAGACCGUAUGC